AUGGAUCCAGGAGAUGUGCCACCCCAGCUACAAGACUUAACUCCAGCAGAGCAAAUGCUCAUUGCCAAAGUUCAGCCAGUUAUUCGGCUGUAUCAGUAUCGUUCUUGUGGACAGAUAUUUUAUAACGGCCAUAAAAAGAAUGGUGGUGGCUUUACCUGUCGAUUUGGUUACCCAAAAAGUAUAGAAGAAGAGUCUCAUCUUGAGAAAAACGAGAAUGGUGAUUGGGUGUACACUCCAAAGAGAAAUGACGAAUUAAUUAAUGAUUACAAUCCAUUUGUGGCACAUGUCUGGCGCGCCAAUACUGACUGUAAGGUGGUUACUUCACUUCAGAUGGUAGUCAACUACUUGGCUAAAUACGCUUCCAAAAGUGAGCCGACUUCCCAAUCUUUCCGUGAUAUUUUCUCUGAAUUAUUGCAGACAUCUGAGCCUACAAACUACGCGACCACUGCUCUUCAACGUACAUUAAUGAAAUUAAUUGGCCAAAGAGAUAUAUCUGCUUGUGAGGUUAUGCGAUUGUUGACAGGAAAAGCAUUGUAUCAUUCUUCACGCCAGUUCAUCACAUUGUACAUAUCAAAAGAAGAAUUUGUAGUCCUGAAUGAAAGUGGUGAUCACGGAUCGUCAACUUUUUCAAAAUAUCAGAAUCGACCUCGUCUUGCUGAAAAUAUGACACUAUAUCAGUUCACUAGCUCAUGUAACACGAAUAGUAGAGUGGAAAGACUAACUUACUACCGACAGCCACGCAUUGUUCAAGUCCUACCCAAAGUCACGCUUGGAAUUUCUGAAGAACAUGAUGAACUGUACUAUAUGCAAAAAGUGCUAGUUGUGUCUGCGUUCAGAGAAAUUAUCGAAGCAAAAACUCACAGUACUUGGAAAGAAACGUAUGAACAUCUGGAUGUAGAAUUGUGGGAUUUCGAUGGUGUUGCUGAUGACGAUGAUGAAGUCGAGGUGGUUAAUCCAGAAAUUGAUCGAAUUCCUUGGAUGGAAGCAGCUGCAGUUCCUCAUAAUGUGGUAGCCGAACACGUCCAUCCAGGUGAAAGAGAAGUUGAUCGGGACUAUGAUUGGUUUGAGCGUAUUUCUGCAUAUGACAAUAUACAUGACAAUUUAAAUUUUGUUAAACAUGUAAGUAAAGCUACUCAGCUAGGAAGAGUACGGGCUAAUAGUUCUGAAGUUUUGUUGAAUCAAGAACAACAACAAAUAAUUGAUCAAUUGAAACAGCAACUGAAUGGCCAAACAAAUAUAAAAAGAAGCUUGAUUAUAGGACCCGCUGGUGUUGGGAAGUCUGUAGUUAUAAAUGAGAUUAUCAAAACAACGGAAUCGACCUAUGGUGACGGUAGUGUUGUCAUAUUAGCACCAACUGGUUGUGCUGCUUCAAAUGUUAAUGGCCAAACAAUUCACUCAGCACUACGACUAAAUAUACGAAAUUUUAAUGAGCUACAGGGUGAAAAUGAACGAAAUCUUCAAAUUUUGUUCGAAAACGUCCGUGUCGUAGUUUGCGAUGAAAUAUCUAUGUGUGGGCAGAAAUUACUAGCAAUGAUCGACAAACGCUUACGUCAAGCCAAACCUGAAGACCAAGAUGAAGUGUUUGGUGGUCUUAUUGUGUAUCUAUGUGGUGAUAUGGCACAGUUACUACCGGUGCAAGAUCGAGCUUUAUUCAUGCCAGCUGAUCUUUCAAACCAGUGGUAUACACAUGGACGUUUUGUAUACGAGCACAUCCAAAAAGUUUUUCAACUAAAAACUAUCAUGCGUCAAGCUGGUGAAGAACAAAGUCAUUUUCGUGCUGCUCUUAAUAACAUUGCUCGUGGAACAAUAACAGAGGAAGAUUACAAGUUCUUUUCUUCAAGAUUCAUAUCGAAAAACACCGAAAAGAUCGCCGACUUUUGCAACGCUGUUCGUAUCAUGGCAAGAAAAGAAGACGUGGCUACUUACAACCUUAAGGAGUUGGCUAAGCUACAUAGUCCUGUGGCAUUCAUUCGUGCCAUAAACAAACCUUUAAUAGCCGCAACAGCGAGUUCCGAUGAAUGUCAAGCUCUUGAAAACACCCUCAGAUUAGCCAAAGGUUGUAAAGUCGCAUGGCAGACAGAGCUCUCGGCCAAAAACUACGUUGGCUGCCGUUUGGCCGAUGGUAUCGUUGACUGA